GUGUUUCCUCCUCGGCCCCGCCUGCCUGCCAAGAUAUCGAGAUGUAGGUGUGUGGUACGCGAACCAAGCAUCGGUGUGGAUAUUUUGCAACUAAAUCGCCUCCAAAAGGCAAACGUUUCCAUGCCCCUUGACGAGUGCAUGAGUCGGGAUGUCUGCCAACGAUUGGUAUGCUCACAAAUCGCUCGGAGAUGGCAUGUACUGGAUCCAGGAGAGGUUCUACGAGUCUGAAAACCGUGCAAAUAUCUGGCUGCUGCGCGGCUCGCACCAGGACGUGGUGAUAGACACGGGGCUGGGCUUGAAGAGCUUACCUGACUACAUCACCUCCAAGGGGCUCCUAGGGGCCGACCCGCAGAGGAAGAACCCGCUGCUAGCCAUCGCCACCCACGCCCACUUCGACCAUUCCGGGGGCCUACAUCAGUUCCAACAAGUGGGCGUCCACAGUGCCGAGGUCGAAGCCCUGGUCAACGGAGACAACUUCGAGACGGCCACCUGGCUCAGUGACAGGGAGAUAGUCCAGGCGCCUUUUCCAGGAUGGAGGGCAAGGCACUACAAGGUGCAUGCGGUGCAGCCUACACACAUCCUGCAGGAGGGCGACGUCAUCAACCUGGGCGACCGGCAGUUGACGGUGCUGCACAUGCCGGGCCACUCGCGGGGCAGCAUCUGCCUGCACGACGGCGACCACAAGCUGCUGUUCAGCGGGGACGUGGUCUACGACGGCGCCAUGAUCGACUGGCUGCCCUACAGCCGCGUCAGCGACUACAUCAGCAGCUGCGAGCGCAUCGUGGGCCUCGUGGACAGCGAGCAGGUGGACCAGGUCCUCCCGGGUCACUACAACACCUUCGGCGCCAAGCGGCUCCACCGCAUCGCCACGUCCUACAUCAGCCGGGCCGGGACCUGCCCCGCCAAGUUCUCCACCUUCGCCUGGAGGACUCUGGCCGGGGUGGCGCUGAGGGCCUCCAACCCCCGCAGCGCCUGCUAGCCCGAACCCAGGGAUGGAUCACCCCCGACGGGUAGCACACGAACGCAGAGAACAUGAGAUGUUUGAGUGUUUUAUAAUCUCAUCCAUGAAGACGCACGGGCCGGGGAGGGGGGGAAGCCCUCCCGGUCAUUAUAUCUAGACCUCGGUGUAUCGUUAUGUUUACCUGUAUAAUCUGAAAUAGUUACGAUAGUUGCCAAAAACCUUGAUACGGUUAAGCUCUGAUCGGUUACAUGGAUCGUUUGAUUAGCACUAUAUGGAUCAUAUACAAUAUUUAUAGGGAGUGUAAUUUAUUGGUUGAAUGUGGUAAGAUGUAUGCUUGUUUUUUUUUAUAUAUACUUUUAGGUGUUGAUUGACAUUGCACAUUUAUGGUACAACUCGGCAUUACACACACAGGGAACUCUGCUGAGGUUUAUCUUCCAGGAGACGAUAUGGCCAUAGUAUUCCUCUAUGCAUAUUCCACUGCUCAGUGAAGACUAGGUGACAACUACCUCCUACGUUUGUACUAGUGCUUUGUACUGUUGGCUUGGAAGCAGGAACUAAACGUAAAGCCUCUAUUGUGUGCGUGUGUGCGCGCUUGCCUACACACACAACACAGGGUAUCUGAUGAACAGUCAGGAUUCAUUUAGCUUUUUCUAUUUGAGCCAAGCAUGCAUCUUUAACUGAAUCUCAUACCGAGUGUCUCACCCAAUCAGGAAGCUGAGUGUAACACAAUCACAGAGAACACGAUCGUUUUCUAAAGUCUGCUGAAGCCAGAAGGGGGGCACCUAGUAGCAGACUUGCACAGACCGUGACUUGCUCCUUUCCCCCCCACACUCCCUGCAGAAAAAUGUCCUCUGUUGCAAUACUGAAUGGCUCAUAUUUUCAAGUUUACCAAGGCAUUGGCCCUGUAUCUAGUGAGUGGAAUAUUACCGUGAACGACCGUAGUAACAGUAGAAAGCAGUAGUAGACGUGAUGUAAAAACAGAUAAGGCAAGACGUAAACGGAUAAAGUAUUUAUUCUUAUUAAUAUUAUUAACAUGUCAUGUUAUUAACGUGUUUGCUCUCUGGGAAUGCGUGCCAGCAGAGCACACCGAAACACAAACACUGUAGCCAGAUGACAUUCAAUGUCAUACUGAAACAAGAAAUCUGUUAUAAUACAAAUGAUAAGUCAUAGGAUGUUAGAGCUCCAUUGUUGACCGAACCAACACCUGAGGUUGAUUUCUAACAGUCGAGGGUUUGAGAUAACUUAAGGGUUUAAGGUUCAGUUAUACAAAUGCUGACACAUUUGAGAGGUUGAACAGGCUCAUUUAAGAUAGUCUCCUGGAUAGGUUAAUGUACAUAAAUUCAGAACUAAUAAAAAAAAAGGAAGAUUUGUAGAUUUUGACAUUGAUUUCCACGGACAUUGAAUCGUAACGAAAUGGUCUAACUAAAAGUUACACAAUCCCGUCCUCACCAUUAAAAAGAUAACCUAGACAAGAGUUGUAAAUGUAGUGAAUAGUGACCAUAAUAUCUUCACGUUUUACAAUGGAUCAAAUGCAAGAGUUCUUCCAAUUAAAUACUGCAGGGACUGCUUUAUUACGGCUUUUACUGCUUAAUAAAAUACCACCAUACUUUCACAAGA